UCAAGUCAAUUGUAUUCUGUGGUUUGAUACGUUACCAAAAACAAGUAUAAAUUUGAAAAAAGUAGCUUUUCAUUUCAUAAUUUGUUCAUAAUUUUUAUACACAUGCGUUUAGUUAAUGAAGUGAAGAUUACAAGUUUGUGACAUGAUUGAAACGGUGGAAUUAGAACAGGAAUUUCCUUCGUAUAUUCGGGAAUUCUUUAGAGAAGAUAUCAAAUCUAGAAUAGUUAUUUGCAAAAGUCCACUGAGAUCAACCCCUAAUCGUAAAAGUGAAAAAGAGGAGAGCUUCGAAGAAAAUGCACCAGAGGAAGAGAAAACCUUUGAACUUGAUUCUCAGUCAGUAGAAAACAUUCAUGAAUUCAUUCAACGUAAAAGCAAACAACAGCCUAAAGAAGAGAUAGUUGGGGAGGGUAUGUUACGAAUAGAUUUAGAUGAUAAUAGUCUCGAAGUUGUAGGUAAAUCCCCAAAACAAGAGUGUCGUAAUCUUGUUGAGCCUACAACAGAGGAGUAUCAUUAUCCUCUAAAUGAACAGUUAGCUCGUACUCUAUUAGCAGAAAAAUAUAACUCUGUGGGUAUACCAACAUUCUGCAUAGUAAAAAGUGAAGACAGUCAAGUGAAAAAUGAACAGAAAAUGGUGGUCCUAGGAGCCCAAAACACAGCAGAUUUUGUCACAAGCUACUGUGUUCAUACAUAUGCUGUCUCGUCAAUGGAGAGUGAUUCCCUAAAAUGGGAUAUAUUGAAGGGAAUUAUUAUGAAUCAACCACGAGCCUCUGUAGAAUAUACAUUCAAGAGAAUUUAUAAUAUCUAUGGAUCAGAAAUGAAGGAAAACGUGAAUAUUAACGAAAAUUUUGCAUCUAUGAUUUUGGAGACGUGCUGGAAUAAGCCUCAAGAAGAUGAACCGAAUUGCGCUGAAAUAAGUAUGCAAUUGAAAAUGCAGGUUGUAUCUGGCCAUCCUAACUCUUAUCUUCGUUUCUUAUGGGAUGAACUGAAACAUUUAGAAACCUUCAUAAAGAUUCUGGAUGAUGAAAAAGCGUUACAAAUUGGGAGUACUGUUAUUUCAAACAACAACUUAGGGGCCUCUGAACUUGCAGAGAAAAUCCAUAAUUUAUGCACUAAUCCCAUCAAAAGGAGGAAGAAUAAUUCUUUGGAACUAGUGUUAGAUGACUUCCGGGAACUUACAAUUUUAGAUAGGUUAUGGUCCAUACUUAUUCGGUGUAAGGAUUUGAUAGAUUUGAAGAAUUCCCUCUCGACUUUCUUCAGGAUAGCUAAAAUAGAGAAUUUGGUAGACAGAGAUAGAGCGGUAGAAUUAGUGAAAGAUCUUGACAUUGAAGAUUACAUGGUGAACUUAACGCUUGCCGAAUCCCUCAAAUUCCUGAUCGCUAUUGGGUGCGAAAAAUUGAAAAAUGAUCAUCUCUCCAUCAUCAGUUUCCAUAAUCCUCUGCAUCAAGUCGGCUUGGAGAAGAUUUGGAGCAAGUAUUGCAAGGUCAAAGUGCCAGAGGUAAGAAGGAAAUCUAUUGCUCCGAACCAACCCAAGUAUUUCGCUCUGACUGAUACAACUUUCAAUAAAGAAAAAUUGGCACUGCUGUGCAAACUUCACGAUGCUUCCGAGUAUGUUAUAUUCACAACGAAUAACCUGAAGAAAUCCGUAAAGCUCUCUGAUUAUAACUUCAGUAGGAUCAGCAAUGAAGUAUAUCAGAAAUUCAUAUUUAACAAAGGCAGUAUUGGUUAUCCUGAACCUUUGACUCCGAGGAUAGUCAGCAUAACUUGCGAUUUGGAUUCCAGAAAUGAAGAGCUUUUCAAAGAUCAAUGUCCAGUGAAAAAAAUUUAUGAAACUAAAUUCAAACUCCAUAGCAACAAAAUUCACAAGGAUGAAUCAACUUGUUCCAUCCUUAUAUCGAAGAGUCCAAUUUUCCCCAAAUGUAUUUGUGAUGAUGCUCUCAUGCAAAAUAACGAAGGUUCAAAGGAAAAUCCAGAAGUAAAAAAUAGUUAUUACGUUGCAAUUUUCAGAAUGACCAAGUUCGGUUUUCUAUAAAUAAAAUUAGGUUAAUGUUAAAGCUAUAAGUAAUAAAAUUAUU